UUCAUCCCUACUCCAGUUGUGGCCUGUUGACCAGCAUUUCGUACAGCUAUGUUCAACGGUACUCUGUCGCUCGCUGUUUGGGGACUUUGAUUUUCAUCUGACUUUCUUUACACGACGCUGGCGUUAUACUUUUAAUUCACUUCAACAACAUGGCUGGCCAGCUCAAAUACGAAAAUCUUCAGCUCGACGACCAUGACGACUCGUCAAUUACGGAGGUUGAUGAGUCUUUGAUGGGAGACGAGAAGCAUAUGGGAUAUAAGAGAAAGUCAAGAAGGCCGACAUGGUGGUCAAUUCUCAAAGGGUCUCUUGACACGGUAUUAUUACUGGUGAUUGUCGCAUUGCUGCUCCAAUAUCAGUCUCCGAAAGGGACCCCAAAAACCAGUGAAAAUGAAGUGGGAGGAGAUUUAACGGGUGUUGGACCACAUUUCUCAAGCCAAGUCACGACAUUUCACAUCAACCAGACCUUUGCACCGUACAACACAGCAGACUUUUUCAAAGAUGAGGUGUUGACAGCAUGGAACCAAUUAAUGCCUGUUGGAAUGGGCUUUCAAUGGGUCAACGAUACACACAGAUACCACGACCUACCUCACCCUAUCAUGUGGCCAGACAAGACAGUGUUCACGACCUCAAUGACCCAUCAAUUACAUUGCCUGUUCGCCGUUGUCCAAACUUACUCUGGUCUCAAAUCGAAUACAACAUUGCCCGAGGAUCACCACUGGCACAUGAUUCAUUGCUUCGACUAUAUGCGUCAAGCCAUCAUGUGUUCCGCCGACAUGGCGUUGGAGGGACUGGAGACCACGUUCCCAGACCACAAUGGAGGGUCAGAUGGAUGGGAUUCUAAGCACAUAUGCAAAGACUACGGGCAGGUUAUCGACUAUUUAGAGAGUGUCAGGGCGUAUGACGACCAGCAAAUUUAUUGAGACUGGAGCGCUUUAAAUUCAUGAAUUGUUAUUUAUUUUCACUAUUUUCAGUGGAAUUAGGUAGCGAGCUACUCAUGAUGAACGCAAGUAGCAAGCGAACAGCAUCAGAAACCGAAUGUCGAGGAAGAUUGGCAUAGAAAGUCUCAGUGCACAAAAUAGAAAAGUUCUAAGCUUUCUUCAUGGAACUCUUGAGAAUUUCUUGUGAAUAUAAGCGUCUGGUAGUGGAUAAACCUAUAAAGAUAAAUCUUAUCUAUAUCCUGUAGAAUCUGAUUUC